AUGGUCGACUCACCAAUCCCAACAAUGCUGGCUCCGCCUGCCGUUGUCGCUUUGAAAGAGGAUGCUGUCGGAACAAAGGAUUCCGGGUACAGAGGAACUAUGGAGAGAACAGUCAGCAUGGAUAUCAGAGAGGAGCGCGAAGAUCUCAAACGAGCUGCCGAGCAGUCUGUCAACGCAAUCAUGGACCUCAAUCUGGACGGAACCAUUCGCUGGGCAAGUCCCUUUUGGAAAGAUCUCAGCGGAGUUGACCCGGAGUCAAUUGUCGGAAAACCCAUGUCUGAUAUCAUUGUCGACCACAAGAACAUUUUCACAGAUGCCAUUGCUCUUAUGAGAAAUGAUGACACAAAGAGCCGCAUUAUCCGCUUCGCAAUCGCAUACCAGCUCCCCGUGGGAGUCAGUCCCGAAGUCACCAUCGAAAGCCCCCAUGCAGAACCCGUGGCUUUCAUCACCGAAGAACAAGACUGUCAUGAGCAUCUAGUAAACCUCGAAGCUCAAGGUAUCAUGGUAUACGAGAGAGCUACUGGAGAAGAGAGUCACACAAUGUGGAUGAUCAAGCCUGCAGUUCAUCGUGAGAUUACGAUAGACCUCCCUGACGUCCUUGCAGAGUCUCUAGGAAUUGGCGCUCACGUUUUGGCGCAAUAUUUGACCCAUUUGGCCGAGAUCGGCAGUGACGACCCAGCUGAUCAUCCGCCCCCGCCUCCAGUAUUGUGCCGUAUUUGCGAGCGCCAGAUCACUCCUUGGUGGUUUGAGAAGCAUACUGAGUUAUGCAUGCAGGAGCAUAAGGCCGAAAUGGACGUUCAAAUCGCCCAAGAAAAUCUGACCGAGCACCGUGCUGCCAUUGUCAAGGUUUUGGACGCCCUGGAAGCCCAAACCCGCCAUGGCCGUCAUAGUCCCUCUGAUUCAGGCUCUCCGGUACCAGCUCCACUGUGCGACUACAAAGGACAUCCCAUCGGACCCGCCUCUCAGCCUUCAUCUGGUCCUUCAUCCGGUCGUGCAUCGCCCGCAGGACCUCAGCUCAAGCCAAGAAGCUCCUCACGAUCAGGUCUGAAUCACCAAAGAGCCCGGUCUUUUGCGGUUAGACGUCCUCUGGCUCGUAUUGUUGAGCUCGUGCUCGAUCUUUGUGACACAGCUUUGGAAAUCAGUCCCCCCGCUGUAAAGGACGGUUCUCAGGACGGCGAGAUCAGAACUCAAUCUCCUCAAUCUGAAGGCCGGAUAUCACAGGUACUGCAAUGGCAGCCUCCAAACACAAGUACCGUGGACAACGAACAUGGUCUUGCGCUGCUUGCUGAAGACACUUCGGGCUUCUGCAAAGCCAAAGUCGAUGCCAUUUUCCGCCAUCGAUACAUUUUGGAGUACUCGGAGCGCCUCCGCAUUGAAUUCCAUAUUUUGGUGCAAGAGUGCAUUGACGAAGCCGUGGCUAAAGCUGCACGCAUAGCCAAUGGUGAACUCAGCUCAAGCGAAUCAUCUUCAUCCACUGAUAUAGAGAACGAAGAAGAAGAGGAAAACCAAGAUCACGACAAAUUCAGCCAUAUCGGAGAUGCUAUGUCUGAUAUAGAUGGACCACCUCCACGCCUACCCGAAGGCAUGCAGGAAGACUUCUCGAUCAACCCAAAUGGGUCGCCCGUUGCACCAUCGGCCAUGACCAUGGCGCUACGCAACAUCCCAGAAGCAUCUUCCUACCGGAGAGCCUCCUCGACAUGUGGAUCUUCGCGCUCAAACAGUCCUCAUGGUGCUCGAACGCCUCGGUCGUACGGAAGUGCCCUCAGCACUCUGAUCCACCAGAAGAGAGCAGCGAUGUUGGUACCAGAGAACGACGCUGGUGCAGAAAGCGAUAGUAGCGUUCGUUCCUCGUUGGCCUCGAUACCUGUGCGAACCGACUCACCAGCUCCCGAGUUGAGUCUCAGUCGGGUUACGAGCAAUCGCGAACAUAAAAGAAGGAGUCUUGUGCUUCCUAGUCUAGCAAACACUAGCCGACAGCAAUCUCCUACUCGCAGCAUCGCGCCCUCUUCGCCACUGCGAGUUGCAAAACCACGAGUACCAAGUGGUGGAGAAAUUGCUCCUUCGCCGCUUACCUCUCCUAUACUUUCGCACGAUCACCAUUUCCAUUCUCCGAUUCUGCGAGCCCAAUCACUGCAUCAUCACCACCACAGACGGCAAUCUUCGGCCACUGCAUAUUCUGAAUCAUACCGCGGACCGUCUUCACCAAGGCUGAACGCUGUGAACAGCAACCCGCAGCCCCGAGCAGUUCAAACCUCUAUCAAAGACUUUGAAAUUAUCAAGCCUAUCAGCAAAGGUGCUUUCGGUAGUGUCUACCUUGCGAAGAAGAAGGUCACUGGAGAUUACUAUGCCAUUAAAGUCCUCAAGAAGGCUGAUAUGGUUGCCAAGAAUCAAGUCACCAACGUCAAGGCCGAACGAGCGAUCAUGAUGUGGCAGGGUGAGAGCGACUUUGUUGCGAAACUGUAUUGGACCUUUGCCAGCAAGGACUAUCUCUAUCUUGUCAUGGAGUAUCUGAAUGGAGGCGAUUGUGCUUCGUUGGUCAAGACAUUGGGCGGAUUACCUGAAGACUGGGCAAAGAAGUAUCUAGCCGAAGUUGUUUUGGGCGUUCAGCAUUUACAUGACAGACAGAUUGUUCAUCGCGACUUGAAGCCAGACAAUCUUCUUAUUGAUCAGAAAGGGCAUCUCAAGCUCACAGAUUUCGGUCUCUCGCGAAUGGGUCUCAUUGGACGUCAAAAGAGAAUGCAAAACAGCAAAGUCGGCGAUGCACCAGAUUUGCUCAAGUUAGGCAAACGAGAUCCGUCCAUCGUAUCGUCACGAUCUGCCUCUUUCGACUUCAACGGCGGUCAGUCUCCAGCUCCUACACCAGGACUGACACCUGCCCUAGCUGGAGAGCUCGGUCAGCCAUCGUACUUCAGUCUGACGAAAGGAGAGUCCCGUGAGCCUUCACGACGCACAUCCGGCCAACGCAGCGACAGUGGAGAGAGUGAUGCUCUGGCAAAUAUGUUCCGUCGCUUUUCGAUAGUAGACGAAUCUGCUAGCAGCUAUCAGAGACGAACACCGAUCGAAGAAGAAACUGCUAGUGAAGGCGAAUCGCCAGAGCCUUAUCCAUUGCAGCCUGUUUUGAGCCACAUGAGUGGCCUGGGCACACCUCCUGGCCAAUCUGGAAUGCUGCCUCCACCGAUGGCUUUGUUCGACCCCGAGGACAGUUCGCGAAGAUUCGUCGGUACGCCAGACUACCUUGCUCCUGAAACGAUCAACGGAAGUGGGCAGGACGAAAUGAGUGAUUGGUGGUCACUGGGCUGCAUCCUCUUCGAGUGCUUGUAUGGCUACCCACCUUUUCAUGCAGAUACACCCGAUCAAGUUUUCCAGAACAUCCUGGAUCGCAAGAUCGACUGGCCUGAUGAUGAAGAUUGUCCCGUAACUUCAGAAGCCAAAGACCUUAUGAACAGACUUAUGUGCUCCGAUGCCAAAGAGAGACUUGGGUCUAAUAUCGACGAGAAGUUCGCCAACGGUGGAGAUGAGAUCAGAGCCCACCCAUGGUUCGCUGAUGUUGAGUGGGGCACGCUCCGGGAGGAGGAGGCAUCCUUUAUCCCAGCACCUGCAAACCCUGAGGAUACAGAAUAUUUCGACUCGAGAGGUGCCACAUUGCAGAACUUCAGAGCCGAAUUUGAGGAUCAGGUUUCAUCGCCAUCUAAUACGCCUGGCGCCGACUAUCCAGAACGACCGCACGACGCCUUGUCGAGGGUUAGAAACCAGGUCAAUUCUAUCAAGAGAGGAUUGAUGCCAUUGCAUAUACCCCCACACGUUAGAGACGGCCGCAGUCGAAGGCUGAGCGAACCUGUUGCAGCGGAUGACUUUGGAAACUUCCAGUUCAAGAACCUUCCUGUCCUGGAAAAGGCAAACAAGGACGUCAUCCAAAAACUUCGUGCCGAAGCAAUGCAAGCCCAAAGUAAGAUUGCUCAAGGUCUUGUAUCUCCGUCGCCGGUGGUAGUUUCUCCCUCUCCAUCUGUCGAAUCAAGCCCAGUAGGACCCGCACCACUGAAGCGUACGCUUUCGUCGAACAAGGGAAACAAUAGACCUGCUUCCCCUUCGCUAUUGAGCAAGACAAAUUCAUCGCCAAGCAGGAACUCCCAGCCGUCAUCUCCUUUGUUGGUGUCAUUCAGCGCAGGAGGUCACCACGAACGUAGGAAAACAUCAACGUCUUCCUCAUUGGCUCAGCAAAUCAGCAACUUGCAGCAGAGUAGCAAUUUGCUCGAUGCUCCAAAUUUGCCUGCUGGAUUCAAGUCUUUAUCUGCAGCUUCAUCUCCCAUCAAAAUCCCAAAGAGUCUGAACGGGCAAAGCUACAUGCCAGAGAAGUCUUCGCUAUCGAACGGAAGAAGGGGUAGUAUUUCGUCACCGCGACAGCGCUCGCACACCAUUGGCUCUCAAGACGAUGAUAUGCCACCCGGACCGAUAUCCCAGUACAAGCGAAGGAGUAUGGCAUUCGAUGCCUCUCCAUCAUCGUCAGACAACGAAGAUCAACGCACGAAAGCUUUGUUGCGGGUUCAACGCCGAAGACAGAGUGCACGCAGACUCUCCCAGGUCACGUUAGCGGAAGGACCUGCGUUCAGACCACUGGAUGUGCUGAUAUGUGAGGACCAUCCUGUAUCGCGCCUUGUCAUGGAGAGGCUGCUCGAGAAGCUUCGCUGUCGCACCAUUUCGGUACAGGAUGGCUCUGAAGCCAUGCGUUAUGCUAUGAGUGAAGUCAAGUUCGACAUUAUCAUGAUGGAGUUCAAGCUACCUCAAAUCAAUGGAGCAGAUGUGGCACGCAUGAUACGAGAUACUAAGAACGCAAACUCGCACACGCCAAUUGUUGCCGUCACAGGAUAUCUCAAGGAGCUGCAAGCACCGCACUACUUUGACGCGUUGAUUGAGAAGCCCCCAGAUACAGCCAAACUCACCGAAGUCAUGAGCAGACUCUGUCAAUGGAAGCCACCUCCACCGGGAUGGACACCAGCACAACUGCCCAUGAUGCCUUCUUCGAGUCUACGUCGAGGAUCGCCCUUGACGGAAGAGAGCCCAACGACCAGUUCAAUGUCUGGUUAUGGUAUGCUCACCAACAGCUUCCGCGGAUCUAGCAGAGAAGACUCGAUAGGAUCAAGUUCAAUACCCGAGAUCGGCAGCCCCUAUGAUUCAAUACCGGUCAUCAUCAGUAGACACACCAAUGAUUGGCAAGAAUCCGAGCUCGAGCGCCAGUUCGACGGAUUGGGCAUCAGCCCAGAGGAAGUGGUGCACGCGAGAACGAAACCUCCGCCCGAGACUAAGAUGCCGGGACUGACAGAACAGAUCUCUGCACCAGGGCAACUCGAGAGCCAGCGUGACGUUUCACCCCGCAAACAACGAACACCCGAAUCGAUAGAAGCGAGAAAGAAGUCUUUGGAGAUGGGAAGGCACGAGUGUGCAGAAUCUGGAGAUGAUGAAGACGAAGAGCUGGGCAAUGCUCAGAUCCGCGCACGAUCGCCCAAGUCUAAGAUACGAGGAGCAUCGAAGCUGGGGACUGAGAUGUUGCGCACCAACAGCCAGGGCAGCGUCGUGUCGAACGAAGAGGUCAUGGCGACGCAGAACCUCAAGGCGACGGCGUCACUUACAGGCAACGAGGAAGCGGCUAUUGAAGAGGAGGGAGCGACGUUGACGCCGCCAGAGCUGUUCUUGCCGCAUGGCAGCAUCCAGAUCGUAGAUAUGGAUAGGACGCCGCGGCCGCACUAUACAAGCGACCCCGAUCCUGAUCCGACGCCUCGAGCGUCCACAUCACCGACACGCAAGGAAUGA